AUGGACCCUCCACCAGUCCCACCGUCGCCGCAGCAAGCGCCGAUUGAGACGCCUGGCGGCCACCACCACGCCGUGGCGCUGCGCACCGAGUCUUCCAUCUCGCUGGAUACCAUUCAGGCCGUCACAAUAAACCGUGAGAAACUAUCCGAGUGGCAUCACAAGAUUCGUGCCAAGCUGUUCCCGAUGGUGUCCGGCUUCUUCGUGCGCUGCCGCGUGGAGGACUCGGUGGAUGGGCGGGCACUGUACAAGGUAGGUCGCAUCAAGAACCUGAAGCCGGACUGGUCCGUUGAACUGGACCUCCUCACCACUGAUGAAAUCCGCGCUGGCCGGAACAAUACCAACUACGACUGCAUCAGCAACGCUAAGCUGUCUGCCGCAGAGUGCAACUCGUGGCUCGCUCGCGUGUCGCCAGACUUGCUGCCGGAUAUCACCUCUACCAUCUACCGCAUGGAGGAGCGCAUGCACAUGCUGGAGGCUGUCAUCUUAGCCGAGCCGGCUUUCCACAGCCGCCGCCGUGACGAGCGCCGCCGUGAUGAGCAGGCUACCUCUAGCGCCCCGCAGCUGCCGGAGAAGUACGUCUUCUCCCAGAAUGUGCUGCUGUGCGAGGACGACUACGUCAGUCUGCCACAAACGGUCACCAUUGUGGAUCUCUUCCAGAAUGCGGUAGGCCCGAAGGGCGUAGCCGAGCCGGACACCCCACGCGCCGGCUGUGCGCCGAACACGCGCUCCCGCGUCGGCGACGAGGCAGUGGCGAGUCACAGCACAAUGAUGCAGCUGCAGGACAUGCGCAACUACAUGAACUCGCCGACGCAGCCACCAGUGGACCCGACGCGGCUGAUCGACAUGAUCCGUCGUGCCGCCAACCCGUCGCACAACAGCUUUACCUACGACAACCUGCCGGAGUUUUGCAAGCUGGUCAUCUCCGUGUGCAGCAUGUGCCGUGAGGUGGUGGCGAAGGAGCCGUUGUUCGUGCACCUGAAGUCUCCCAUCACCGUCUUUGGCGACAUCCACGGCAACUUUGCCGACAUGGGCUACUUCCUGGAGAAGGUGAUCGCCUUCGACGACGUGAUGCUCAAGUACACGAUGCAGAAUCUCUUGUUCCUCGGCGACUACGUUGACCGCGGCGUCUUUUCUCUGGAGUGCGUCAUGUACCUUUUUGCCCUGAAAGUGAUCAACCCAGCCAAGGUGACGCUGCUGCGCGGCAACCAUGAGUCACCCGAGGUGAACGGAGACAUGGAUGUGUACGGCUACAGCUCGUUCAAGUACCAGUGCCUCGACAAGUUUGGCCGCGACCGCGGCAUGGAUGUGUGGGUGGCGGUCAACGAAGUGUUCCAGUACUUGCCAGUGAUCGCCGAUAUCGACAAGAAGAUCUUCUGCGUUCACGGUGGCCUGCCGCAGUACUCCGGCGGCGAAGACAAGCGCCUCGAGAUUCUGUCCGACCCGAACUUUCCGCGCAUUCCGGUGGUGCAGUGCGCGGACCCCACCAACGUGGCGCAGCGCAUGAUGGUAAAUGACCUGCUCUGGUCUGACCCGGCGCCGCCCGAGCAGCAACUCGACCGCUACGGCUUCGGCCCCAACCCCCGAGGCCCGGAUAUCAAGACGUUUGGCUCCCGGGCAGUGGACAUGUUCUGUGAACGGUACAACUACCAGUACAUCUUUCGUGCGCACCAGGAGAAGGCGGAUGGGCUACGGCUGUCCGACAACGCCCGUGUCGUCACCAUUUUCUCCACGUCUGACUACGCCGGGCAUCAGAACGGUGCGGGCUGCAUUUUCGUGGCGAAUGGAAAGAUGCGCAUGGCCAUCAAGAAGCCGCAGCGGCAGGAGGUGCAGCGAGAAACGAAGGGGCCGGUGUCACCGCGCACGCUGUCCAAGAGUGCGCCUGGCUUUGUCGUGCGCAUGAAGAAGCCGUAG